AUGUCCAACCAGACUCAAAUGAGCAAACGGUCACCGUCGAUUCUGGUGACCGAUGUGCGGACUAACCCCGUGCGGCCGGCGCCGUUUGCAGGCGGCCGGCGCCAGUCCUUCUCGAAACGGCCCAAAUCGAAAGGAAACAAGUUCAGCAACAUUAGUGUGUCUGGACUGUUGGACGGAGCUCCAGCAAAGCGACUGCAACACGACUACCAGAGCACGGUGCAAAAGGCGCGAGGCAUCCCACAGCGAACGUCGAAACAGUCGCAAAAACUGGUUUUGAUCCCAGACGAGUCGCCGUCCUACGACGACGAUGAUGAAGACGCUUACGGAGUGCCCAUCCCCGGAAAGCUGAAGGGACACGAGCUGUUCGACCUCAACACAGACGCAGAUGCUUACGACGAGGCCAACGCCAAGGUGUAUGUCACAGAUGUGCCCAGACGAAGUAUAGCCGAGCGAAUGAGCAAAGAUGCGCGAGAUGCAAAGCUCCCACGAGUCACAGCCUACUGCACUGCCGAAGGGUAUAGACUCAAAGCCACGGCCGAGUUUCUGCAGGAAAAUCAUGAAAUUCGACCGCGAAUCUACGACGAAGCGCUAUUUGCGCCCUACUACCUGCCUCUUCUGCCUGGAGAAGACGGUUGCCGGGUCAGAAGCUCCCCCCCUUUAAGAAACGCAGUGGGAGAGUCUCUUAUGGAGACCCUGAUUGAGACGUCGGAGAACACAGACCAUCAUUUUGAGUAUUACGGAGCCGACGGAGAGGAGCCGACGGACUUUUCACCUAAAGAUGCCCCCAUACCCCUGAAAGAAGAGUCCACUUCUCCGGAGUCCUUGUCUGAACCUCAACCUGGAAGUUCAAACGAUACACAUAAAUCAGACGCUCCACCACCCACUACGAAACGUCUACCCACUCUCCCGGACCUCAAGCGACACGCAGAACUGUUCAUCUUUUCGUACGGAGUGGCAGUGUUCUGGAACUUCACCGAAGCGCAGGAAAAGGAGAUUCUGGCCGACCUCGUGUUUGCCUCGGAGGAGAGAAAGGAAGAAGGUUCAGGCAGCGUCGACGAGGACUACGAGGAGGAAUUCUCACACAAUACCACCGGUCAGGACUGGGGCAAACUGGGCUCUCGAUCUUACCGACACGCCGAACGACACGAAAUCGAAACCGAAGAGUUCCACUUUGUGUACUCUCCACAGGCAGAGCGGCCGCGAAUCUUCAACGACAUGAUCACCUUGAGGUCAGGAGACCAUAUGGUGAAACUGGCCAUGUCCCACGCCAUUGCCCAGUCCACAAAGCUGUGCAGAUUCGAGGCACGUAUGGACACCAACAUGCAUAACGUCAAGCAUGUUCCGAAGGUGCUGGCUUUGACUGGUAAGCUGGGAAUGCAGAGAGAAGACGUGUUGAAGAUGAGCGGUAAAUUGUUCCAACUCAGAGUUGAUGUCAACUUGUCUUCAAACGUCCUGGAUACUCCUGACUUCUUCUGGGAAGCCGAACCGUCUCUACAUCCUCUGUAUUCUGCCGUGAGAGAGUACCUGGAGAUCGAUCAGCGGAUUCUCGUGAUUAACGAGCGAUGCAAGGUCUUUUUGGACUUUAUCGAUAUCAUUGCUGACUCCAUUGCGGAGUUCAACAUGUCGAGAAUCACGUGGAUCAUUAUUAUUCUCAUUGUCUUGUCAUUGAUUGUAUCUGGAUUUGAGAUUGCUUUCAGAUAUAGCAUGUUGAGGAGGAGACACUAG